AUUCAACAAAGACUAUUAUCCCAGGAGGUCAACCUUUUCUCUUAAGCUUCCAUUUGGUGUUAUAGACAUGUAAGAGACAGUUUAUUCAACUCUCAUUUGCUUGUUUUAUCUGGUGAAGGACAUUGCUUUUUGCACUGGGGGAUGACACAGACUGGUGAUGGAUUCUGCCAGGAGGCCCUGUUUCAUAACCGUGUGUUUGUGGGUACUGGCAACCACCUGUCUUCCAUGUUCUGGCUCCCCGAGCCCCAGCCUGUGGGGAAAGAAGGCGGUGUUCUUGGGCCGUCCAUGUAUGUGGCAGCUGGGUAAGGAGUGUGUAAUGCCCCCCCUGGAAGAGCUCAGUGUGUGUGUGCACCUGUGCCGGAAGAUCGCAACGCCUGAGUGGACCGGCUUUGUGUACAAGGCGCCUGGCGCAAGGCAGGUAGAGCUGGGUCUUGCAGGCCGGGGAGGGCUCCUGGUGGCAUGGCUGUUUGGGCAGGAGUGGUCGGUACCAGAGGACCUGCCCCUGGAACACUGGCAAAACGUCUGCCUCACCUGGUCCAGCAACUCAGAGAGGCUCAGGCUCUACAUCAAUGGGAGCAGUCGCCUGGACGCCCACGUUAACGCCAGCCUGUCCCGGCGACUGGCCCACAAUGGCACCCUGACCCUGGGGGUGUCCCAUAACAUAGUAGAUGGGGUGAUGGAGUUUGAGGAUGGGAAGAACUUUCUGGGGGACAUCAGCCUGUUCAGGAUGUGGGGGCGGGAGCAGAUGGCUGAGGAGGUGAGGGCCCAUAGCUGUGCUGAUGGGAACGUGGUGAGCUGGGACACCCGCGACUGGGACUACCAGAGAUGCCUACCUGAAGAUGACACUAGCCUCCAGUGUGCAUGGUCAAUGUUCAAAAUUAAAAUGAGGGCCGUCAUAGCACAACGGCACCCUCUUGACAAGCCUGUCAAUUCCCCAGAGGACAUCAUACACAAAUGGCUGGGGACCAUAUUUCCUGGGAACAUUUCUGUGCGUGACAUCUUUGUGUCAUCUCCAAGCCAGAUCUGUCAAGUGGGCUAUAAUCCUAGUGUGCGAGACACAGAGAAAGCUCAGGAAUCAAGAAAAAUGGAGUUCAACUCAACUUCUGACAAGUGUGUCAGCUGUCUGGUCUAUGUGAGUGUUAGUCCUGAGACUGAUGUUGGAGUUGCCCAGAAUGAGAUCUUUGGAAAGCUGAGUCUAGCCUUCACCUCUGGUCAAGUCACCAUAAUUGCAGACCCCAGCAGACUCAGUGUACGCCCCAUAGGGGCUUUCCCCAACGUAACAGCUUCUCCUCCCACUGACACCAACACCACUGCUGGCUCACCAACCAGAACCACUGCUGGCUCACCAACCAGCACCACUGCUGGCGCACCAACCAGCACCACUGCUGACGCACCAACCAGCACCACUGCUGGCUCACCAACCAGAACCACUGCUGGCUCAUCAACCAGAACUACUACUGGCUCACCAACCAGCACCACUGCUGGCUCACCAACCAGCACCACUGCUGGCUCACCAACCAGAGCCACUGCUGGCUCAUCAACCAGAACUACUACUGGCUCAUCAACUAGAACUACUACUGGCUCACCAACCAGCACCACUGCUGGUUCACCAACCAGAACCACUGCUGGCUCACCAACCAGAACCACUGCUGGCCCACCAACCAGAACCACUGCUGGCUCACCAACCAGCACCACUGCUGGCUCACCAACCAGCACCACUGCUGGCUCACCAAAUAGAACCACUGCUGGUUCACCAACCAGAACUACUACUGGCUCACCAACCAGAACCACUGCUGGCUCACCAACCAGCACCACUGCUGGCUCACCAACCAGAACCACUGCUGGUUCACCAACCAGAACCACUGCUGGCUCACCAACCAGAACCACUACUGGCUCACCAACCAGAACCACUGCUGGCUCACCAACUAGCACCACUGCUGGCUCACCAACCAGCACCACUGCUGGCGCACCAACCAGCACCACUGCUGGCUCACCAACCAGAACUACUACUGGCUCACCAACCAGAACCACUGCAUCAGAGACACAGCAACCAUCCAUUGGAGUGCCUGCAAAUCCCACGGGCCUGUCUACAACCAGAGAAUCUUUAGACUUCAGCUCAAUAAAACCAGGCAUUACAUCCACCUUCUACAGAGUUAAUAUGAAACUGAAUAUGACAACUACUGUAACUGCCAACGACCCAGGGGAGACCAUUCAGCAGUGGGUUCAGAGAAAGCUUGGGCAAGUCAAGAUGAACGUAUUUAACAUCAAUAUUUUAACCUCGACUUAUAAAGUCAACGAUCAUAAAAAGAUUCAAGAACUGGAGAUGACUGCUGAGCUGAGACAUGAGAAAAGGUUUAGAUGUACCUUCCAGGUUGAGGAUGCUGAUGCACGUAACGUCACGACCACUCAAACACUCAUCACUGACCUUCUGUCCGGGAACCAUGUUGAUGAAGAGAUCCAGGUUGACCGCAGAGAUGUCCACGUUUCACAUAUAGAUCCUGGGAGCUGUCCUAAGGACACCCACGAGAGUUUCUGGGGCGUGUAUAAAUGGCCAAUCACAGAGGUCCAGAUGACAAAAACUAUGAUCUGUGAGAAGAACCGUGGAUCAAGGGCUUCCAGGAAAUGUGAGUUAGAUGGAGUGACUGAGAAAGCCAAAUGGGCUAAGCCAAACCUGAAGGCAUGCAAGCCGGUAAUCACCAUCUCUGAUCUGGAUAAAGUCACCGUCACAGCAAACAACUCAGCAGAUGUGGUGGACAUGAUUGAGAACCUCCUGGGUGACGAGGGGGACCUGAGUGACUCCCAGCUGGCCACCGUGGUCCAGAAGCUGGAUGAGGUUCUGUGGGUCAGCACGGUGACCACUCAGCUCGGCGGGGAUAUUGUCAACAUCAUCGCUAAAAUCCUGGUGUCCAAUUCUGACCUGUCAGCAGUCGCCAACGAAAUACUGGGUAUCACAGACAGCAUUGGGGACCAGAUGUAUUUCCCUGAGGAGUCACUAAAUGUGACCGUCCCUUCCCUGGCCCUUUCCAUGAUCAACGUAGAUCCCGAACAGUUUCAGGGCCUCACGUUUGGUGUCUCCUCGUUUUUGACGGGCCUUGUUCCAGAGAUCUUUGUCAACCAGGCAUUCUUGAGUCGGCCUUGUGAUGGCACAGUCGCGUCCAUCUCCCUUCCGCAGUCCCUUCACAACUUCUUCUCCCAGGGAAACAAAAACAAGAGAGUUCAGUUCCACUUCUAUGGCAUACAGGAGCUUUUCAAGGACCCAGCAACCAACUGGACGCUGAAUAGUUAUGUGGUGUCUGCCAGUGUCAACAACAGCAAUGUCAGCAACCUUAGGGAUCCCGUGGUGGUGACACUUCGUCACCUCAAGCCUAAAGAGAAAAACGACAAGGUGGAGUGUGUGUACUGGGACUUCCAGAAGAACAAUGGGAGCGGUGGAUGGGACAGCAACGGGUGUGAGACACUUCCAAGUAUCUCCGCUUAUCAGACCACCUGCCAAUGCUACCACCUGACCCAUUUCGGCGUGCUCCUGGAUGUGUCCAGGACUCCUAUCAAUGAGGCUGACCAGGAGAUCCUGACGGUCAUCUCUUACCUGGGCUGUGGUGUGUCCUCCAUUUUCCUGGGCAUCAGCCUGCUCACCUACGUGGUCUUUGAGAAGCUGCGUAGCGACUACCCAUCUAAGAUCCUCAUCAACCUUUCUGUGGCUCUGCUGGGCCUGAACCUAGUCUUCCUGCUGGACUCCUGGCUGUCCUCCUUCGGCAGCUACGGUCUCUGCAUCAGCACGGCAGCCACGCUGCACUACUUCCUGUUAGCCUCAUUCACCUGGAUGGGCCUGGAGGCCGUCCACAUGUACUUCGCUCUGGUCAAGGUCUUCAACGUCUAUGUCCCCCUCUACAUCCACAAGUUCUGCGCCCUCGGCUGGGGCAUUCCUCUGGUGAUUGUCAGCCUGGUCCUGGCCAUAGAGAAGGAUGCCUAUGGCAGUGUUCUAUCUGAGGCCUCCCUUGACUCUCUACAGGGCCCUGAGCCAUUCUGUUGGAUACAGAGUUAUGUUUUCUUCUACAUCACGGUCGUGUCGUUCGUGCUGCUGGUCCUGGUUUUUAACGUGGUCGUGUUCAUUGUGGUUCUGGUCCAAAUCCGCCACAUGCAGACCAAUAAGCCUGCAGCAACAGGAAACAAGCGCUGUGCCAUGCAUGAUUUGAGAGCGGUGGCCAGUCUCACCAUCCUGUUGGGUCUCACCUGGCCAAUAGCCUUCUUUACCUGGGGACCAGCCAGGGUCCCUAUGCUCUACCUCUUCUCUGUCCUCAACAGUCUGCAAGGGUUCUUUAUCUUUGUCUUCUACUGCCUGAUGAAAGAGAAUGUGAGGAAGCAGUGGAGGAUCCAUUUGUGCUGUGGCCGAUUCAGGCUCAAUGACUACUCAGAUUGGAGCCGCUCCAUGACGAUGGGCAGCAAGGCCAAGCAGAACCAGCUGGUGCACCGCUCUCCAUCUGUCAAGUCUGUCAACACCUCCUCUAGGAAGAUCUCUGAUGACUCCACUACAGCUAGCUGUAGCUCUGGCACACCCUACCAACAGGGGGCCGAGUCUACUGUAGCUCAACCAUGGGGCCUAGUCUAGCUCCACCAGGGAGCCUAGCUCCACCAGGGGGCCUAGCCUAGCUCCACCAGGAUGCCUAGUCUAGCUCCACCAGGGGACCUAGCCUAGCUCCACUAGGUGGACUAGCAUGGCUCACAGCACAGGGACACUGACAUUUACACAACAUGUGCUAUAACAUCCUUCACCUGAAACAAUGGGAAAAGAUUGAGCUCAGGACAUCAUAGCAGACACCCGAGUUCAGUCCAUUCUGAAUUGUACUGUCGUAUGUCUCUCUGCAGUGCGGGUCUCAACUUCCCCAGGAGAUAAACAGAAUCUAGGUGUAAGUGUUAGCCUGUUCUGUGCAUUAAAGGACACAAACUCUAUGAAUGAUGUGUAUUGUAAGUGGACUAUUGUUGUAGUAAAUGAUCAAUAUGUUGGUACCUUGUGCAUUCUGUUUGGUAAAUUGCAUUUCUCUUCUCCAUAAUGUGUUUCUGUUUAUCUUUUCAUAAUGUUAAAUUAAAAAGGUUUGCAAAUAAAGAAGAGGAAUGAAAA